UUUCAGAUGCUACAUCGCGAACGUGCUGAAAUGUAUCACUAAAAUCUUUCUUCUACAUAUUUUGUGAUUCUGAUGUACAAAAAAAUACCCUAAAUAAGUUGAUUCACAUAUCAAAAUGUUGGAUUCUCCACAAACCUCGGAGGUUUUUUCCGACGAAACACAUUCAGUGUCGAUUCGAGACAAAACGUUGUUAAAUAGGUCAGUGUCUAAACACAACAACAACAAUAAUUUCGUGACUGGAUACAUGCCUGUGGAAAAUACGAAGCCAGCGGCCAGAGGAAGGAAAACCUUUGCUUUUUGGACGUUGGUGGGUUUGCUGUUCAUUCUCGCCAUUGGGAAUCUCAUUCUCACCAUGACGAUACUCACAGUUUUGAGAAUGGGAAAGGGCAUGGAAAGCAUAGAGCUAAUACCUGAAGAAGAGACAAUAAAGUUCUUCGGAGAUGUGGACCUAGACCAUAUCUACAAAAGGGACGGUAUUAUAGAAGGUUACAAAGACGAACCCCUUCAAGUUACCUCCGAAGGUAGUCCCAUACAAGUCAAAUUAUACUCCCGAACCGGGAGACCCGUCACUAAACUCCAAGUCAACACAAACGAGACUGCGUUCAAAGGAAUCAACUCUUUCGUUGUCAAAAACGAAAAGGACGAAUCACUGUUCACUAUAACCGAUCCUGUAUUUACAUCUUUGAAAAACGGGAAAGGUCUCUCAUCGAGACGUAUCCAAACCAACAAAAUAAGGAGUCCCAGCGACGAAGACCUCAAAAUCGAAGGGGGGGACCUGAACUUAAAAGGGGCCGAAGGCACGAAAGUAGAAGGAAAAGAAAUAAUUUGGAGCGCCGGUCAGGACAUUUUCCUAAGCAGUAACGGUUCUAUUGUACUUAACGGACAUGAGGGGGUAUAUAUAGACAUUAACAGACUACCGAUAGCUCAACUAAGCAAUAACAGGUACCUGACCGGGCAGUUUAAAGUAUGCGUCUGUGUGCCUGGCGGAAAGCUGUUCAGAAUACCUAUAAUUAAUCCGAAUGAUAGGGUGUAUUGCCACCACGUUAAUAUGCAGCAUAAUAACCCUUGUAUAUAACUUCUUAUAGAAUAUUUGAAGUGUACAAGGUGUUUUGAAACAGGUGCCAUAAAUCCAGGGGCUGAAAAAAGAAUAAAACGAUUUUUUCCUUUACGCCAUGGGCCUAGAAACAGGGCGACAAACAUGACUUUUCUCGAAACAAAAAUAAGUAAAUGGAAGAGAAGAAAAAAAUUGUUUUAUAGUCUUAUGUUCUAUUAGCCUAAAAAUUUAUGCCAGCUUUCUCAAAGUACCCAGUAGAUUUAACAGCCAAAAAACUUGAUUUUUGCUUGUAGAUAUUUUUUAUUUUUUUAUUUAUUAAAAUUAUUUCAUGCAGUUUAAAGUAGU